AAAAGCGAUAAUUGAAAAGGUGAUAAUUUUCACAUGUGAGAUUAUCAUGAAUAAUUUCACAUGUGAGAUUAUCAUUUUUAUCAGUGCUUGAAAUCUCUGUAAAACACUAUACUUUAUAUAAUAAAAAUUCAUAAAUUUGAACCAUGCUAGAGCAUGACAACAGCAAAAUGCUCUAUAGUAUGAUGCACAAUAUUUUGGGAGGUGAAAUACACGAACAAUAAAUCAGAGAGUGUUUGCUUGGAACUCACUGGGGGGGGGGGGCAACACCCCUGAUAAUUGCUCAUGAGGAAUUUCAGGUAGAUUUCCAGUGCACUUUUAGGUAAAUUUAAGUAGAUUUGCAGAAGAUUUUCAGGGGAAUUCAGGUAAUUCUCAGGACAUGAGAAAGUGAAUUUGGAAAACAACUGUAUUUUCGGAAAAAUUAUUAUAUGUCCUGAAAAUUUUUUGUACAUCUGGAAACAUUUUGGUAACCUCCCCCCCUCUAUCUAACCUCACACACACCCUGAGACGAAGUGCUAGCAACGGCACUGAGUAUACAUCUUUUGAAAACAGGCGAGGGGUUAUUGCAUGCAUGUAUUUCUAGUAGGUUUUACUAAAUCUUUUCCUGUGCAAUUAUUACUAGCAUUGGAGACAAGGAUAAUAGUUUGUUUGAAAGAGAAAAGAACAGGCUUUGAAGUAAGCCUAAAAGCGUUUAACUAGAAAUAGUAUUUCGAAAGUUAUUAAGCACAAAAGAUGAAUUGCGUUUAUUUUGAUACACCCAGCUGAAUAUAAACAAAAAUGUAUAAGAAAAGUGCGGGAAAGGAUAUAUGUGUGCCAAUUUAUACGAAUGCCUUGAAGGAGCACUUUUUUCUCAUCAUAGAUAUAGUGCAGAUUUAUUUUGCCACUAUAAUAUGAAACAAAUAUUUUAUACAUGUUUAAUAUUUUCAUGUUUUUUAAGAACUGCAAUUACAUGCUGAUCUCGGUUAAGGUCCUGUCACACUAUUGCGUAUGAGAGAAACGUAUGAGUAGCGUAAACCAUGCGUGUGCAUGCAUAUAUACGUCCGCAUACUCGAAAAAUUUUUAACCAUGCUUACCUUGCAUGGUUCCCCGAUUUUUAAAUAGACACCUUACGAUUUAGGACAGCAACGGCUACAAAUACAAUAAAUAAUUAAAAAGAAUUCAAUAAUUGCAAUAUAUGAAUAAUUUAGACAUUGUCCUCGCUUUGUUUACAACGCCAAAUCACAGAUUUUGACGUCUUGAUACAACGGCUGCAUUUCAGCCGCAACAAGUGCAACUUCAAACUGGCUUCAGCAGAACUCUUCCCAAACAUAAAACCCAUUAAAUUCAUACGAUUGUAUUAAAUUCAUACGAUUGCUAAUAUACCACGUUGUCUUUAGGCCACUAUUUGCUGUAUAUUAGUUUCUCAUCCCCGCCCGCAUGCUUUUUAAGAAAAUGGCCUUGUUCGCCAUUAUUAUUGCCAUUUUUGACCAUUAUUAUAAAUUUUGUGAUGUCUUCAAAGUGAAAUUAGAAACGUUCCCAAACCAAAUGUUAGUUAAAAUACAAAAUUUCAUAACCAAACUGCAAGUUUUUCCCGCAUUACGUACACACAUUAAAUAUCCAAACUCAGAUAUAAAAGUUCUACCGGAAGCCAGGGGCAGGGGAGAAAAACGCCAGACGUCCUGGGUACAAAAUUAUGAAAACAUGCUUUCAGUUGCACUUACUGAUUUUGUGCUGUUUUUCAGAAAGUUGCUAUAUAAAUGCUUAAAGCGCAAUUUACCAAAAUAAAUUUUAUGGGAAUAAUAACGCUCGCUUAUCUACUGUGCGUAGAUAUCCGAUUACACAUAUUAAACUAGUACAACAAUGUCAGAUACUAAUAUCAAAUCGAUUAAGAAAGAAAACGAAGCCUUAAAAGCAAAACUCGAAGCUGUCGUGAAAGAGAUGUCGUCUCUAAAAGAAAAACUCGACAAGCAAUGCCAGCCAUUACAAUCAAGCUCAACCGAGCAAGCAAAAAGCUUACAAUAUCUUAGUGAUGAAUACGAUGACCAGUGGCGUAGCUGGCUGAAAAAAAUCGUCCCGCCGAAGGCGGACCCCUCGCACCGAAGGUGCGACCUUCCUAGAGGGGUUCGGGGGCAUGCCCCCCCGAGAAAAUUUGAAAUCUAGAACCGCGGAAAUGGCAUUUCCUGCGAUUUCGAGGGUGGAAGGAUGCCACUAAACAAAGUUUCCAUACACCUCUAACAGGAGUAUUUUCGCUUCGUAAAAUACAAAAAAUGCCAUCUGGCCCAGAGAAGAUCUGUGUGAGCUCAGAGAAGUGCUGUGCUAGGCAAAAAUAUUGCCUUCUGCACUGAGUACUGCGUAUAACGUUAUACCGACCGCGUAUAAUGUCUCAAGCACCGCGUAUAAUGCUAAAAGCACCUCGUAUGUCUCAAACACCGCGUAUAUUAUUAAAAAUAAAUGUCUCAAGCACCACGUAUAAUGUUAAAAGCACCUCGUACAAUGUUGCGUGUAGCCCAUAUAUCUUGAUAUAUGUCAAAAUCGUCGCGUAUAAUGCUCGAACUCGAAGUGUAGCACCGCGUAUAAUGUAAAGAGCACCUCGUAUAACGAUAAAAGCACCACAUAUAUAAUGCUAAAAGCAACGAAUGAAAUGAAAUUCCGCUGUGGCUUUCCAUAAGGCUCGUCACGCUCGUUGAAGCCAUUGUAUACAAAUCACAAAAGCAACAUCAAAUAUGAUAUGAAUAGUAAUAUGAUGACCUACCACCGUCACAGUCGUGAAUACUCGCGCAGAAAGCUUCGGCAGAAAGGUUUGAAUAUUAACAACCUCCGCCUUCAUAAAAUAGCGGGACUUCGGCAUUAAAAACAACCGUUCUGGGCAUGCGCUGCGCCAAUUAUCCAACCAGAAACCAGAAUUUCUUGUAUAAGAUAGUAUUGCGUAUCCCGCCACAUGAAAAUCAGCGGAACACGAGACAUGCGAUUCACGAAUAGCGUGAGUAAGCAAUAAAUUGCGUGGAAAUUAGCUAAUUCUACAGGGUAUCAGUUACUAGACAACAAAGAGGUCAAAGAGCAGACAGCAAUAUUGCGUAAACUUUAAAUAAAUGACAAAUGAAAGCGCUGAAAAAUUACCAUAAUUAUAUUUAAAUUUUCAGAAUAAACAAAUUAGCAGUGGUUUUGGCUUCACUAUAAAACAUUUACACAUUUUUUUGGAAAUUGUUAGUCCCGCCCGGCGGGACAGCGGGACCGCUAACUACGCCACUGACGAUGACUUGAAGUUAUUUAAAUCCUCAACAGACAAGGAAAUUAAACGAUUGGAUACGAAGCUCACUAAUAUAAUUCUAAAAUUCGACAAGAUAUCCGAACAAAUAGACGCGAUUGAACAGUACAGCUACAACUACAACGUGAAAAUUAUUGGCAUACCACAAACGCAAGACCGGAACGAAACCGCAGCAAAUACCGCAGAUAUCUGUAUCAAUCUAUUUCAUAGUAUUGGAGCAACUAACGUCACAUUACAUGAUAUAGACAUUGCUAACAGAAUUCCGACUAGAGGUGUUAGCUUCAAACCCAAUAGUAUUAUUUGCAAGUUUACCAGACGCCUAGCGAAAGAGGCUGUUAUCUCAAAAAAGAAGGAAACUAGGAAGCUAACUCCAGCCGACUUCGGUCUUGAUCGCCGAGCGCGACUUGACCACAUCGGUAUCUUUGACCAUUUACUGACACCAAAAUUACAGCAACUCCUAUACGAAGCUAAACGCUUUAAAACGGAAAACAGCUAUCAAUAUUGCUGGUCGAAGUCUUCUGCCAUCUUUCUCCGCGAGAUUGCAGAAUCUCGAGCGAUAAAACUUAGAAAUAUGGGGGAACUUGAACGUCUGAAAUCAGAAAAUGAUCACACGACAACAAAUAGCUAAAUACAUGGAGCAGAAUUUCUAUACAGUAUAUUGGCAGAUAUAUAAGUAAAUACAAACUAUAUUUUAUAUUAAACUAAACUAUACUUUUGUUAGUCAUGUCUGAACUAAAUGAACGUAAAUCCCUCCUCAGGGAAUUGCCAUUUUAUGGUACAAACUUUAUAGAGUUUAAUAAUGGCCCAUCUGGUAUUCAUACAAAGAUGAAAGAAUUGAACAAACUCUCCAGCCUUUAUGACAUGGAAUCAUAUAACUUAAAUCCGUCUAACUUUUGCAAUAUUAACCCUGACCAAAUGCUUUCAAAUCAUCAAAUUCGCACCUUUUAUCACUCCAAAUUCGCACCUUUUAAACAAUUGCAAAACUCUUGGACAAAACCAAACAAAAUGUCGGGUCUAUCUAUUUUCCAUAAUAACGUGAGAAGUCUCAAACGAAAUUUAGAGAAUUUGCAAGUCCAAUUAUUAGAUGAACUUGAUUUCCAUUUUAAUAUCAUUGGUGUUACCGAAACAAAAAUUACAAAUUUAACACAACUGAAUUUCGAAACAAAAAUUCCGGGCUAUGAAUUUGAAUAUGUUCCUACACCUCUGGCUUCUGGAGGUGUCGGAAUGUACAUUGAUAACACGUUGGAGUAUACAGUAUUGGAAAAAUGUACAAACGAUGCGUUUCAAGCCUUAUGGAUUGAAAUAAUUAAUCGCGAUAAGAAAAACAUAAUUUGUGGAAUCAUCUACCGCCAACAUAAUGACCCAAGCCACUUCAUGACCUAUUUUGAUGAGACGGUAGAAAGGUUUUCUUUGACAGGCAAAUCUCUGUGCGUCAUGGGUGAUUUCAAUGUGGAUCUUCUCAAAUCAGAUAGUUGCAGUCAUGCACAAAAUUUUCUUCUCUCAUGCCAAAGCUAUUCUCUUUUACCAUCAAUUGAUAAACCAACCAGAAUACAUAAUGAUUCUGCAACACUUAUUGACAAUAUUUUAGUAAACACACUUGAUCAGCAAAUUCAUAGUGGAAAUAUUAUAUCAGAUAUAAGUGAUCACUUUUCACAAUUCUGUAUCAUUCAUUUUGUCAGGAAUAUAUCGAAGUUAUCAAGAGGUCAAAAAAUGCGAGAUUUCUCAAAAUUUUCAGAAAGUAAAUUUAUGAGCGAAGUAAGCGAAGUCAAUUGGGAUUCAAUAGUUGAAAAAUAUCAUCGUGAUGUUAAUAAAUUAUUCUCAUCAUUCUACAAUAAACUAAACAAAAUAGUAAACAAACAUGCACCCCGUAAAAGACUUACAAAACGUGAUAUUAAGAAAUUCUCCAAACCUUCGAUCACCACUGGGAUAAAAAAGUCAAUCAAAGAGAAAAAUAGAUUACUCAGUCAAGGGAAAUACGAGAAGUACAAACACUAUCGAAACAAGAUAUCAACUCUUAUCCGAGCUAGUAAAAAGAAAUAUUAUUAUAAAUAUUUUGAAAAUAAUCUAAAUAACAUGAAGAACACUUGGGCGGUAUUAACAACCUAACUAGAAAAUACAUGCAUGCAGAAACCCUCGCCUUGCUGACAAAACCGUUGUAUUUUCCGAACAUGAAGUACCUAAAGUAGUUGUCAUGGUAACACGAUAAUUUUUUAAGAAUAUUCUUACAAAUGAAAAUCGCCUAAAAAUAUCACUUUUAGUUACAAAAUUAUCAAUUUCCCAACAUAUAUAUGUUAGGUAUAUAAUUAUACGUAAUACAAGCUUCAAUUUAAGGUAAAAUUCAACCACAAACAAUUCACAAAACGUUUUAAAGUGUUCUUUAUAAAACCAUGGAUAAUAAAAUAAAUUUUUUACCAUUUAUUUUAUUAUCCAUGAUAAAACUAAUUAACUGCCUUUAACUAUUAAAUGGCUUUAUCGAUAAACUUUGAGUUUGCAAUAAAAUGAUUUCAAAUUCUCGCUUGCAAAUAACUUUGCUUUAUUUUUUAUUUAAAAAAUUCAAUAUAAUAAAAAAGGGAAUCAAUAUUAAAGAUACACUGAAAUUAUAUGCUGUCUUGUUUAGUUGUUUCAUAUACGCAAAGGCCGUCGGGUUUUAAAUCCAUUAUAAAAUCAAUAUUUAAAACAAACUUACCUUCGUUAACGUCGGCUCCCUUCUUUUAGCUGAUUCUUUCGCCCUUUCUUUCUUGAAAUUUACAAAAUCUUGCAGAAAUACGAGCAAAAAUGAAGAAUAUUUGCAAGAAAUUUAUCAAUCAUCAACUCAUCAAAUCAAGAGAUGUUUGCUAUUUCGCUGUCGUCAUGCAGUCGUUAUAAUGCAAACUUUAAAUUGGACCAAUCAGUGUCCGUUAUUCAUGACAGUCCGCCAUAUUUUUGAGAUCAGUGAAGAUGACCACCCAUCGUUGGUGACCGACGCCCGCGCUCAUUGAUGAACUUUAGACUUCGCUAAUGCUUUCGUUUCCCCGGGUGUAAAUAGCCGGGGGGAAUUAGUACCCUCGCACGGCGCUUCGCGCCGCCGGCUCGGGGAUCAACAAAACACAGAGAUCUUCCCGCCAAAUAACAGCUCUAAAAAAUACCGAAACUGGCCAAAUUACUCGAGAGCCGUCUGUUCUUCCAAAUAUUUUGAACAAAUAUUUUGCCUCAAUAGGACAUAAACUUGGAACAAAUACGUCACGACCCGAUAGUCACUUUACCGAUUACCUAAAAGAUACCCAAAUUCGAGACUCUUUCUUCUGUAUUCCAAUUACUUCCUCAGAAGUAGAAUCUGAAAUAUUAUCAAUACCAAACAAGAAAUCCCAUGGCUUAUACUCGUGUCCCACCAAAAUUUUAAAAUGUGCAAGGAGAUUCAUCAGCAAACCAAUAGCCGAAAUGAUCAAUAUUUCUAUUCAAAGUGGUAUUUAUCCUUCUAUUUUAAAGCAUACUAAAGUAAUUCCUGUAUUUAAAACAGGGGAUGUGACAGAAAGCGACAAUUACAGACCCAUUUCAUUGUUAUCUAACUUAAAUAAAAUUCUUGAAAAAGUCAUGUAUAAACGUUUUAUAAAUUUUAUCGAAAAUAAAAAUAUUCUGCACCAUUCACAAUAUGGUUUUAGACAACAAUAUUCAACACAGCACACAAUUCUUGAUAUCGUCAAUAAGAUACAAGCAAACAUUGACAAAAAAGAAUUUACUUGUGGCAUAUUUAUUGAUUUAAAAAAAGCGUUUGACACAGUUGACCAUACAAUCUUAUUACGUAAACUUCAACAUUGUGGAUUUAGAGGUAUAAUCCAUGAUUGGCUUUCAUCAUAUCUGACAAACCGCUUUUAAACAACACAAAUUGAAUCUAAUAUUUCAACAAAGGAGAAAACACUUUGUGGAGUACCACAAGGAUCAGUACUCGGUCCUUUGCUUUUUCUAAUCUAUAUAAACGAUAUUCAUCGUUCCUCAGAUAAAUUUAAUUUUCAUUUGUUUGCUGAUGAUACUAACUUGUUGUAUUCUGAUAAAAAUCCUAAAACUCUUGAAUAUAUUGUAAAUACUGAAUUUGCAAAAGUUUACGACUGGUUACAAGCAAAUAAAUUAACAAUGAAUUUUAAGAAAUCUAAUUUUGUCAUGUUCUAUCCUUACCAAAAAAAACUUAAUUACCAAAUAAGUGUAAGAAUAUUUGACAAAAAAGUUGGAAAAUAUUUUUCACUUGAGCGGAAGGAGUAUUUAAAAUAUCUAGGAGUUUUGCUUGAUAAGCAUUUAACUUGGAAACAUCAUAUAGAUUACGUAGCAUCUAAAAUAAGUAAAACAGUUGGAAUUAUUGCUAGGCUAAGGCAUUUUGUUCCUUUCCAGGUUCUCACAA